GAACAGCUGGACUCCAGUAGCCAAGAUGGCGGCUCUCGUGAAAGCCGUGCGGCUCUCUGGAGCUGUUUCGAAUAUUUCCACGUUAUUCAGUAAUUUAUCUUUGUCAGCUAAUUCCAGGAUUUUUUCGCCAUCGGUUUCACUUAUUCCAAGAAUAUGUUUGCAAAAUUCAUACAGCACAAAACCUCCUCCGGAUCCACUUAUGGAAUUUUUUGACGAUAAGAAGAACUGGGGGCAGAAAACUGUGAAAACAGGGCGUUCAUGGAAGAUGGAUGAAUUAAGAAUAAAAAGCAAUGAAGACCUUCAUAAAUUAUGGUAUAUUCUACUCAAAGAGAGAAAUAUGCUCAUGACCAUGGAGCACGCACAUGUACAGGAAUACCAGUAUUUUCCAAAUCCUGAGCGAAUUGAUAAAGUGGAAGAGAGUAUGAUGAACUUGGAGAAUGUGGUAAGGGAGAGAAAUCAGGCCUAUCAUUAUCUCGAGACUGGGGUCCAUGGCGAGAGGCCGAUGAAACUUGUUAGGGAUCAAUUGGGAUUACGGCGCUGGUACAAGAUGUGUCAACACGCAAUUCCAAAAUACCUCAAUGGCAGUUACCGUAAGACACAUAUCCACUUCCAUGGCGGUUUUGCAGUCAGAAAAUUCCUGCGGAAAUUCAACGAGAAGAUGUUUCUUGCUAGACGCACCGAACAAUCUCGACAAGCGGCGACUGUACGCAGGAUAUUCCGAGUAUUUCCGAAUGUCGAUAUUGAGGCUGUUCGAGAGAAGUAUCCAAAUGUCGAUGUUGAUAAAGCUAGGAAGUCUGACCGAUCUAGAGCACAUUACGUGUUCCCCAAGUCUGACUCUUCACCGUAAUAAACACCUUCCUAAAACAGCCCCUUACCCCAAUCAUUAAAACAAUAAUUAAGAAAUAAAAGGUAAAACGUCGAGUGUAGAACGAGAGCUACAGAAAAGGUUUCCACGAAAAUUUCGCCAUUUCUUUUUGGUUUAGGCAUAUAAUUGACUUAUUAUACUUUAUCUCUUCGCUAAAAGAAUGAAUUCCUGCAAACAAGAAGGAAAUUAAAAAUCUGAAAAACUCCAGAGAUAGCCCUCCAAUGUAAAUAAACAGUGAAAAAAAACUAAUAUUCAAGAUAAAAUUGCGUUUUAUUCACCUGACUAGCUUGUACAAUUCAUUUUUGGUAACUAUUUCACGUGAUGUUGUUAUAUAAUCAAACUGAAUUCUCCAAAGAACCCCUUCGGCUGUCGAAAAUUGUGUUUUUAUUGCCGUGAAAACGAGAGCAACCCAUUCACUUGCUGUUAUGGAACCCGAGUGCUCGUUCACACCAAUUACAUCGUUAAAAAAAAAACCAAUGGAAAAAAGAAAAAAAAAUAACAAAAAACGAUAACCGUUAGCUA